AUGACCACCUACCCACAGCACGAUGUCUACGUGGAAGACGAGGAUGGUGCAUUAUCCGAAAUGCCGUUCAAUGACCACAAGAAGCUGGGGAAAGAGGCCAAGGAGGCUUGGCAAGCUUUGGCCCUGCCUUGGGCCAGCGGACCCCGUGGCGGCCGGGAGGGUGGCGAGUUUGUGUCACAGGUGCAAAACCUGGCGAAGUCUGCAGCAGACCACUGCGUGGCCAUGAGGAUCUACAAGGAAGACUCUGGCAAAAGCACAGCCAAGCUACACGAGCCGGCCAAAGAGGCGUAUUCUCAGUUUGAGACGGCCAGUCGUGUACUGGAAGAAAUGCACGCCGUGCUGGCCCAUGCCCUGUACAAGCGCAUCGUCGAGUUGCUUUGGGCUGUCAGCUGGCAUGUUGCCAACACGGUGGCUGCCAAGCGGGAAGAGCAGGAGGAGGAAGAGGAAGAGAAGGAGGAUGAUGCAGAGGAGGACGAGGAGGAAGGUGAGGAUGAAGAGGACGAAGAGGAAGACGAGGAAGACGAG